AAGCACUCCAAAUGGCCAAAUAUCAAGGCGCCAAAACCAGGGACCUGAUCCAAUCCCAUUUUGUUAGCUGGGCAGGCAGGCAGGCAGAGAUAAGAAAACUGAGUGAGGUAGUGAGCCGAGACUGAGCUGAAAGAGAGUCACUCACUCAGCAGCUACAUCAUUUUAACCAUGGCCACGGCAGUCGCCAACUGCUGCUUCUCUGUUCUCACCUCCACCGUUAAAUUCCGUUGCUGUGUUUCUUCCCAACGAUAUCUCGCCACGUCGCAUCAUUCCAUUGCUUCGGUCACUUGUAAAGCCGUCGUCAAUCACAAGAGACGCCCUUCUUCUAAUCGAGAUAGAGAACUUAAGGAAGGUGUUUCACAGAAGAAAUCUUCGAGGAAAUCGAAGGACGAGAGGUCCUAUAUACUCGAUGAUGAUGAUGGAAUCAGGGGUAAAAGGAAAGCAGGCAGAUCCCAAUCAGCGGCUUUUAAGUCAUUCGGAGGGCAAAGAAAAGAUAAGAAUGAGUCUAAGUUUGAUAUGAAGGAACAACAGGUUGAGCCACAGAAUCUUAAAGAUGCAGCUUUUUUAGAUGCAGUUGUCAAGGUCUACUGCACCCAUACUGAGCCUGAUUAUUCCCUUCCCUGGCAAAAGCAAAGGCAAUACACAAGCACAGGAAGUGCUUUUAUGAUCGGCAAUGGAAAGCUUUUGACAAAUGCUCAUUGUGUUGAACAUUAUACACAGGUCAAAGUGAAGAGAAGGGGAGAUGAUACCAAAUAUGUGGCUAAGGUACUGGCCAGAGGAGUUGAUUGCGAUAUAGCUUUGCUUUCAGUAGAAAGUGAGGAAUUCUGGGAAGGAGCAGAACCACUCGAGUUUGGAUGCUUACCACGUCUUCAGGAUGCAGUAACAGUUGUAGGAUAUCCCCUUGGUGGAGACACCAUUUCAGUGACAAAGGGGGUUGUGUCUCGUAUAGAGGUUACAUCUUAUGCGCAUGGAUCAUCUGAUUUGUUGGGCAUUCAAAUUGAUGCAGCAAUAAAUCCUGGUAACAGUGGUGGUCCUGCAUUCAGUGACCAGGGGGAGUGCAUUGGAGUAGCAUUUCAGGUAUACAGAUCUGAAGAGGUCGAGAAUAUUGGAUAUGUGAUUCCAACAACAGUUGUAUCUCAUUUUCUAAAUGACUAUGAGAGAACUGGGAGAUACACUGGCUUUCCUUCCCUUGGUGUGUUGCUGCAAAAGUUGGAGAAUCCAGCAUUACGUGCAUGGUUAAAAGUAAAUUCUAAUGAGGGUGUGUUGGUACGAAGAGUUGAACCAAUCUCUGAUGCUAAUAGAGUCUUAAAGGAGGGGGACGUGAUUGUGAGCUUUGAUGAUGUUAAUGUAGGAUGUGAAGGAACAGUGCCAUUUCGAUCAAAUGAGCGCAUUGCAUUCCGUUAUCUUAUUAGUCAAAAAUUCACAGGUGAUGUAGCAGAGCUUGGCAUAAUUAGAGCUGGUUCAUUCAUGAAAGUUAAAGUAGUUCUUAAUCCAAGAGUGAAUUUGGUUCCAUAUCAUGUUGAUGGAGGUCAGCCUUCGUAUUUAAUAAUUGCUGGUUUGGUGUUUACCCCACUUUCAGAACCACUGAUGGAGGAGAAAUGUGAAGACUCUAUAGGGUUGAAACUGCUAGCAAAGUCACGUUAUUCUCUGGCAAGGUUCAAAGGGGAGCAAAUUGUUAUCGUAUCACAGGUCUUGGCAAAUGAAGUCAACUUUGGAUAUGAGGAAAUGAGCAAUCAACAGGUUUUGAAGUUCAAUGGAACUCGAAUAAAAAACAUCCAUCACCUAGCACACCUUGUUGAUUCAUGCAAGAACAAAUAUUUAGUUUUCGAGUUUGAAGACAAUUACCUUGUUGUGCUGGAGAGAGAAGCAGCGAGUGCUUCUUCAUUCUACAUUCUCAAAGAUUAUGGAAUCCCAUCUGAACGAUCUUCUGAUCUAUCUGAGCCAUAUGUGGAUUCAUUGGAAGACAACCAAGCUGCAGUUCAGGAUUUUGGCAACAGCCCAAUUUCAAAUCUGGAAAUUGGCUUUGAUGGACUUCUCUGGGCAUGAUACCAAAUUGGGAGGUCAAUCUGAGUUGAGCUCUAUCACGGCACUCAAUAGUUGGGAAGGAUGGUUAUAACCUCAAAAGACACCAAACUGAUAAAUGCCAUGCUUCUGCUCAUUUUUCAAGGUCAUUACACGAGCUCAUUUUCUGGUGCAAUCACAUGAUCAUGGUCUUCCGUUCUUUCCAUUCAAUUAUCCUUUCAUUCUGUUUGGUUGGCUGGGCAUUCCCAGAUAGAUAGAUUUUAACCAAUUUGCAUGUUUAGACAUCAAUUAGGCAAAAGCCUAAUUACUGAAGGGCUCAUUUUUCUUGUCAGCCUUGAAAUUAUUUGAUGUAACGAUUAGAAAAAAUGUGUAAUUAAAUUAUUUAUUGUUACAUUUGACGCGGCAUAUAAUACAUCCAGUUUGCUACCGGGAAGAUAA